UUGGUUAACGUCAGCACUCAUUCCCAACCGUGUGUGCCUGCCUCAAUACACAUUUCCUCCGAAGCGAUUAUUCAUAUGCGAUAUUACUGGUGUGCGAUUAAUAACCCGCGACUCGCGAACGAUGAGAUUUAUACUGGAGAUUCGCCUGCGCAUAUUUGUCAUUUUUUUCCUGCUGUUUUGUAUUUUGCUGCAAGGCGAGGCUCACGAAGCGGAGAGCGGCUUUGUCACCUGCGGGUCCCUGGUGAAGUUGAUUAAUACAAGGCACAACGUCAGGCUACACUCACACGAUGUCAAAUACGGAUCAGGUAGCGGGCAGCAGUCGGUGACUGGAGUGGAGGCAGCGGACGAUGCUAACAGCUACUGGCGCAUCCGGGGGCGGCCCGGCUCUGCGUGCCAGCGGGGCGUGCCCAUCCGCUGCGGCCAGGCCAUCCGCAUCACGCACAUGAAGACGGGCCGCAACCUGCACUCCCACCACUUCAGCUCGCCCCUGUCCAACAACCAGGAAGUGAGUGCGUUCGGGGAGAGCGGUGAAGGGGACGACCUGGAUGUGUGGACGGUGCAGUGCAGCGGGACGUUCUGGGACCGGGAGGAGGCGGUGCGCUUCAAACACAAGAGCACAGAGGUGUUCCUGAGCAUCACCGGGGAGCAGUACGGUCAUCCAAUCAGGGGGCAGAGAGAGGUGCACGGCAUGCCCAGCCCCAACCACCACAACUACUGGCGCACGAUGGAGGGGGUGUUCAUCCAGCCCAGCUCCGACAGCCUCCGGCACGACGAGCUCUGAGCCACCACCCCCUCUCCCUGCGUCACUACGCUUUACUGCGUCACUGCGCUCUACUGCGUCACUGCCCUUUACUGCGUCACUGCGCUCUACUGCGUCACUGCGCUUUACUGCGUCACUGCGCUCUCCCUGCGUCACUGCGCUUUACUGCGUCACUGCCCUCUCCCUGCGUCACUGCGCUCAACUGCGUCACUGCGCUCUCCCUGCGUCACUGCGCUUUACUGCGUCACUGCGCUCUACUGCGUCACUGCGCUUUACUGCGUCACUGCGCUCUACUGCGUCACUGCGCUUUACUGCGUCACUGCGCUUUACUGCGUCACUACGCUUUACUGCAUUCUGCUAGCCGCUCUCCAGACUGUCAGAUUGAGCCUGAAGUGAUAAACUGUGGAUUUUACAGAUGUAUUUAUUUUUCUGAGUAAUGGGCUUGCUCCAUUUUCUGUACACUGCUUCUUCUUUUUUUUUUGGCACCAGAAGGGAAAUUUCAGGAAUUUUACUGUUGACAAAAGUGUCUGCAAAUGUGUCAUGGUGGGGUUGAAGAAUGAAUUUGAGGGCUAUGAAGCAAACUUUUAAAUUCUGUUGCAGACAGUUUAGGAACUUGACUGAAGUAUACAUAAACAUGUGUGUUUAAUCAUUUGUCCAUUCAUGUAGUUUCUUGAAUUGGGUGGGUGGGAGUUGUAGUUGAGAGAAGUUUGGAUUCCCCGUUGACUGCACAUUGUGUCUUGGACUCCAGUGGUCGAGCUGCGUGCUGCUGAUGCAGCUCUGUGAAUAGGCUGUGUGAAUGUAGAUACUGUUAUUGCUGUUGUAUUUUAGGGCAUCCAAAGCAGAACAGGUCAAUCAAUGCAAUAAAAGCCUAGAGGAAUGCCAAGUUACAAUAUUUCAGAUCCUUAUUCAUGCUGUGUUACUAAGGAUGGCACCAGUCAGACCCUGUCACAUCCACAGUGCUGUGCGUAUGACAUGGUAUGACUGACAGCCCCACAUUUCUGAGGACCUAAGAUAGCAAACCUGAGCCACAGUCUGAUAUUAAUGUCCUGCAAGUGAUAGCAUGCACCGUUUGGCACAUACACAGGCCAAAACUAUCACUGAAGUUGUAAAAGUUGUGAGCUAUCAGUGACUUUUUAGAAAAAACAUGAUUUUUGGCUUCGAACAAGAAUUAAUAAUAAUUUUGUACAAAGAGGAACAUGACUUUUAAUAAACACACCUACAGUACAUCCCUGUUCUGAGUUUGGCAUUGUACGCCUAUCCAUAAAAAUAAUAUAAAAGCUAGGGAAAAUGUAAAUAAUGUGCAUGUGGGGGGGCAUGUGGGGUUCUUUUUUCAGUUAUGUAUGGAUCAAAGUUUUUUUGUUUUACACUUACCUCAAAUUACCUGGUCUAAAUAAAACCAUACCUGAUUUGUAUAA